GCAGAUUCGAAACUAAUGUUUAACUCUCAACAAUAACAGCAAUGUCGAACUCCAGUGCGGAUGGAGAUGAUGAUCUUUUAAGUUUUGAGAAGUUGGACCGAUCUUCACCAGACCUCUGGCCAGAGCAAAUCCCUGGUGUAUCAGAAUUUGCUUCUCUGAAGAGUCCACUCUCUAGACCUGGAACAUCUCCCAAAUGGAUGGCUGAACUGGAGAAUGAAGAUAUUGGACUUCUUCAAGAGUUUGGAAGCCUUACAACAUCCCAGUUAAUGGAGAAAAUCAAGGGAUUGCAGAACCUGGCUUACCAGUUAGGACUUGAUGAAGCUAGAGAGAUGACUAGAGGAAAAUUCCUGAAUAUUUUGCAAAAGAAGUUUUAAAGUUGGUUGCAGUAGUGAUACCUCUUGGGGAAAAAGACAAAAUUUUAUCAAAUAUGAGAUAUUAUUUAUCAAAACCACAAACUUUAUUAUGUGCAAUAUGAUGAUGGAAUAAAAUUUUUAAUUACAAGUG